UUAGGACUCUGGGCAGUGAUUAACCUUAGAAUCAUUGUCUGCCAUUGCAGUCUCUGGUGCAAGACGGCACAUCGUCAAGGAAACCUAUGCUCCAGCCAACGGACAACGAAGGCCCGUCGCGGCGGAGAGAGCAGCUAAUUGUGGCAGCCGCCGUGUUUGUGUCCGUGUUGCUGGCGUGCGUCAUCGCUGUCCUGUUCUUCUUCACUGAACGGGUGAAGACGGUCGGAUACUGCGUCACGGACGCGUGUAUCGAUCACGCCAAUAGACUUUUGGCCACGAUAAACACUAGCCACGAUCCAUGCGACAAUUUCUACGCGUUCGUCUGCAGUGGCUGGCAAAAAGGUUCUCCCGCGCUUUCUGUUCAAGACAAACUCAAUGAAGACGCUGUGAAAGACGAGAUCAAAGAGCUUGAGGCCGACAUUUGGCGCGUUGGGAGAGCAAGCAGGUUAUACAGCAAGUGCGUGUAUCCAGAAGAAAGCGAUAUCAAUGUCAACAUUUUUUGGCUCAACAACUUCAUGGACACCGUCAACCUGGAUUGGCCCUCUAAAAAACCAAACCUUUCAGAAGCACGGCCGUUAGACGUCAUGCUCAACAUGUCAGCAAAAUACGACCUGAACUUUCUGUUCAGGUUAGAGAUCGCUACCAAUCAAUCCACGGGUAACGUGUUGGUGUUCUGCAGGCGUUACAAUGGCGUAGUCUGGAAUGAUCGUCUUCAAAGACCACUGAGUUUGGUGGACUACGCAAGGGUUGCCAAACAACAACUCGCGGAAUUGCGUCGAGAAGAAUACGUCGAAUACGAGCCCUCACUGCUGCAGCGGAUAGAGAAGUCAUUUACUGAAGCAAACGUGUAUGAAACUCGCAGCGAGCAGUCGUGGUUUGUCAUUAGCGAACUCGAUGCUAGAACAGGUAACAUAGAGCCUGGCAGGUGGUUAAAGGGCCUUAACAGCGCAUACAGCAGCCUGAAGCUCUCUUGGGCUUUCGAUAACUUUGUAGUACUUGAAGACGCCGAGAUCUUGAACAGAAUCGACGCACUAUUUCGCGACUACACCGAAGUAGAGCUUUUGAUCGGCAUUGCCUGGAUGUUCAUCCAGUCCCACCUUUGGGUGGCUGCCGGAAAGCCAGGAUUCAUGUUAUAUGACAACACUGAAGAGAAGAAGCAGCGUGCGUGCUUGGAGUACGUGGAUUCUCGUUUCGGCCCUCUCUCCUCCAGUGAGCAUAUAACGCGGCUCUAUCCUACGCACGAAGCACGCCUUGGCGUCUCAAGCUUCCUACAAAGUCUCAAAGCCGAAUUCAAUCAGGUUAUGAAAAGGACCCCUUGGGUCGACCGCGAGAUUCGGGAAACGGCGACGCGCAAGGUCAACACAAUGGAUCUGAACAUCCUGCCCGCCGAACAGUUUUUUGUACCUCUACAACGCGCAGCACUUUAUGGGCAAUUUCCUGCCAUCAACAAUACGGCAUUUAUGGAGAGCUGGUUGUCUUCUUCGGCAGUGUAUCAAACCCUACAAGUGCACCAGAGCUUCCAUGAUGUUUUCAAAAAGAAGCGCACCUUUCGUCACCAAGCAUACACGUACGCGUACCUACUGAAUGUCGUUGACGGCGCCUUAGGAGGAUUGGAGCCACCGCUUUUCUACCCUACAGGAACGUUCGCAAUGAACUACGCCUCCGCGGGGACCCUACUUGCGAAAGAGAUCAUCAGAAGCAUUGACCCGGCAGGCACGACUGUGAAUGACCGUGGCGAGAGUAUCCAUUGGUGGGGAAAGUCCGAAUCAGCCGAGUACAAUCGCCGCCUUAACUGCGACCUCAGGAUAGCUGCAGGACAAAAAGCGGUCAGUGUUAUCCCUGCGAUACCGGCGCUCGAACUGUCUUACGCGGCCUACAAGAAGGCCGUCGAGCACGAGACUAGCACGAUCGGCGGCGUGGAGGACCUAAGAAUUCGGGGCCUGGAGAACUUUGUCGACGACCAGAUAUUCUUUAUGAGUCACUGCUACGUGCUAUGUGGCAAGAAAGGCGAUAUUGGCGCACAACAAGAAUGCAACGUGCCUCUGAAGCACUCUCUUCACUUUGCUAAAGCCUUCAGCUGCGCUGUAGGGUCGCCCAUGAAUGUGGCAUCAAAGUGUUCAUUCUUUGAGCAAUAAGAAGGUUUGCUAUCUUAGAAUGUAAGUGCAGCGCUUUAAAAAAAUCAAGCUGCAUGCUUCAUGUAAAGUUCGCAUACCCAAAAAUGACAGUGUUUUCCUUUUUUAUGUAGUUGUAAAUUUAUGUGCCUAGUGCUGUAUUCCUACGUUUGUUGAAGCCACAUUCUCUCGUGUGUUUACAUUACUUCAGUAAAUACGCGGACCUAUCACUUAUAGGGCUCUCUUUUUGUCUUGAAUCUGUGACAUUCUGCGAAAUUCCAGGAAGCCAUGACAGCAACGCUACACACGCGUGAUCUCUUCCUUAAAUCAGUCGCUGCAAGCCCGACGCGUACUGCGUUUGGUUUACUUUCGUGAUGCAUGUCGCUACAAACCGGCAAGAUACAUUUUCCAGUACAUGAAAGAUAUUCCACAACAAACCCGACUACGAGGACAUCUCAUAUAUAGGGUGAGCACACUAAGAGCGAAACCGUCUGUGCAGAUAAAAACAAAUGUUUGCAACCACAGCGCAAUUGAACGGUUUCGUGGGCUUUUUGUGUGUGCUUUUAAGUGUGCUGUGCCAAUCUGUUGACAUUGCUACCAUAAACAAAUUUGUAAUUAGUAAUACUUUCUCUGCUAAUAAAAACGAUUGUGCAGCCUUC